AUGAAGUUCACCUUUGCUUUCGCUUCCCUCCUCGCCCUUGUGUCCGCUGCCCCUGCCCCUGGCGAGGCCAGCACCGAUGCUUGCCUCCUGAAGCGUGCCGAUGGCAACUUUGUCGUGGAACGAGGCGGCUGCGGAUACUACGGAAAGCGAUCUGAGGCCAGCACCGAUGCCUGCCUUCUCAAGCGUGCCGUCGAUGGAACCUACAGCCUUGAGGCUCGAGGUGGUGGCUGUGGAUACUACGGAAAGCGAUCUGAUGCCAGCACCGAUGCUUGCCUUCUCCGACGUGAGGCUGAUGGCAAAUACACCGUUGAGGAGAGAGGCGGUGGCUGCGGAUACUACGGAAAGCGCUCUGAGGCCAGCACCGAUGCCUGCCUCCUGAAGCGAGAGGCUGAUGGCAAAAUGUGCAUCAUGACUAUUUGA